AUGAAUAAUUUUAAAACAAGUACUAAGGUAAUUUAGUUCAACUAAUUUUAUGAAGAAUGAUAAAAUAAAGGUUCUUAAUGUAGCAGAGAAACCAUCUGUGGCUAGAUCCAUAGCUAAUGUGCUUAGUAAAGAUCAUCGUAUUGAAGAAACCAAAUCUCCAUUUAAUAAGCUAUUUAAGUUGGAUUAUAGAUUAAAAGAUGUGGAAGUAGAGAUGUGGAUAACCUCUGUUUCUGGACACUUGAAGAAUUUGAAGUAUCCAUAAAAAUACCAGAAUUGGGAGAAGUGGGAUCCAAUCAUAAUUUUAAAGGAAGCUGAAAUUGAAAAUAAUAUAUCAAAUGAUAAGUGUAAGUAAGUAUUAUAUAGGAAUUAGAAAACUUAGAAUUGAAUCUAAAAAACUUUGCUUCAAUCUGUAAUAGGUUAAUACUUUGGUUAGAUUGUGAUAGAGAAGGUGAAAAUAUAGCAUUUGAAGUAAUGGAAGUAUGUAAAGAAUCAAAUCCAAAUAUUUAAGUAUAUCGAGCUCAUUUUUCAGCUGUCACUUAUGUUGAUGUUCGAAGAGUAAAAUUUAAUAAUAAUAAAUUAUAAUUUUAGGCUUUAGAUACAUUAAAAUAUCCAGAUGAAAACUUAUCAAAUUCUGUAAUAGCAAGAUAAGAGAUAGAUCUAAGAAUAGGUGCAUCUUUUACUAGAUUUUAAACAUUAUUACUUUAAAAAUAAUUUAAUUUAACUUCUAUUGUAAGUUAUGGUCCUUGUUAAAUUCCUACACUUGGAUUUGUUGUUUAAAGAUAGAAAGAGAUAGACUCUUUUAUAAAAGAAUAAUUUUGGUUUAUUUAAAGUGAAGAUGAUUAAAAAUGUAUAUAUAAUUGGGAUCGUACUCAUUUAUUUGAUGAAUUGAUUGUUGUCUUAUUAUUUGAAAGAUGUUAUUAAGAUUGUGCAACAGUGAUUAAUGUCUAAUAAAAAGAUGUCUAAAAAUGGAAACCUUAUCCAUUAUGUACUAUAGAAUUUGAAAAAUUGGCAUCUAAAAAAUUAAAGAUUUCAGCCCAUAAAGCUAUGGAAUUAGCAGAAAGAUUAUAUAAUAAAGGAUAUAUUAGUUAUCCAAGAACUGAAACCAAUAAAUUUCCACCAACUAUUAAUUUAUAAACUAUCAUCAGAGAUUAAUAAAAUCAUCCUAUAUGGGGAGAAUAUGCAACUAAUUUAAUUAACUUUGCUUUUGAAUAUCCUAAAGCUGGAAAUAAGGAUGAUAAAGCACAUCCUCCUAUACAUCCUGUUAAAAUGAUGAUUGAAAGUGAAGCUUAAAAUAAAACAGAAUGGGAUGUCUAUUAACUUAUUACUAGACAUUUUUUAGCUUGUUGUUCUAAAAAUGCCAAAGGAUCAGAAACUACUAUUACUUUAUAAAUUAAUGAUGAAACAUUCUCAAAAACUGGUUUAGUUAUCAAAGAAAAGAAUUACUUAGAAAUAUAUAUAUAUGAUGAAUGGUCUUAAUCAUAAGUUCCUAAUUAUAAAUGUGGAGAUUCUAUCAAAAUAAAAUUAACACUUUAAAAAGGAUCAACAUCACCUCCUAAACCUAUGACUGAAGCUGAACUAAUAGGGUUAAUGGAUAAAAAUGGUAUAGGUACUGAUGCGACAAUUCAUGAACAUAUCAAUACAAUUUAAGAUAGAGAAUAUGCAAUUAAAAGAGGUUAAAUCAUUAAACCUACUAGAAUAGGAUUAGCUUUAGUUGAAUCUUAUGAAAUCUUAGGAUUUACUUUGCAUUAACCAUUUCUAAGAGCCAUUAUGGAACAAAGAAUGAAUGAAGUAGCCCUAGGUAAGAAAGACAAAUCUUAAAUAGUUUAAGCAACUAUAGAUGAAAUGACUAUCAUUUUAAAAUAACUGUAAGAAAAAUAAAAAUUAAUCAUAAAGACUUUUGGAUAAUAUUUGGAAGCUCUAAAGAAUUAUGAUGAAGACAAUAAUAAUGAUGACAAUGAUGGUAAUAAUAAUAAUAAUAAUAAUAAUAAUAAUUAUUAUAAUUAUAAUAAUAAUCAACAUAGAAUAUAAUCUGAUGAAGCAGAUGAAACUACCCAGAAUUAAUAAAGAAUAAUUAAAUAUACAAAGAAUUAAAAAAAUAAGAAAUCAGAAGAUUUACCAAAAAAUUCAACAUCAUUUCCUUCAAUUUGUUAAUUUUGUAAUUCCUAAUGUGUUACUAAUAAAUAGUUAACUGGAAAUUUAAUUAAGAUUUGUCCCAAACUUUGUUAAAUCUAAGAAGAUAUUCCUAAUCAAUCUACUACAUAAAAUAAAGAUAAUUGUUUUUAAUGUAAAUUAUGCUAGAAUUUCAUGAAAAUAAGAUAUUCAAAAAUAAAAAAAUCUAAUUUUUUAGGAUGUUCUUCAUAUCCCUAAUGUAAUUAAGCAAUUUUUCUACCUGAUAUUAUUAAAUCAAUAAAAAUAGUUGAUAAAAGAUGUGCUAAAUGUGAAUCAACAUUAUUUUCAAUUUAAUUUAAUGAAAAUUAUAAUUAAGUUCAUUAAACAUCAUUUUUUUGUUUAUAUCCAGGUUGUCAAUAAAUUAUUAAAACAGAUUGGAAAUAAUAAAAUAAAGAUUCAAAUUAAAAUUCAUUUGUUUCUAAACAAUAAAAUAAUGAAAAAUAUCCAUUCAAUAAUCAUUAAUAAAAUAGGAACUUUUAUAAUAAAAAUAAAUCUAAUAUUAAUAAAAAUUCCCUUAUAAUAAAAAUUGAAAAAUACUGA